UCCAAAACAAACACAUCAACAAUACAACAACAAAAAAAUGGCAAUAACCAACAAAUUACUCAUAACACUUCUCCUCCUUAUCUCCAUAGCUUUCGUCCACUGCUUAGCCUUCCAUGUAGAGAUCGAAAAGUUCGACAUACCGGAGCAAGAAGAACAAGAAGGUUCACGCCGCCGUCCUGGCGGUGGUGGCUCCGGUGAGGGAUGGGAGGAAGAGUCGACGAAUCACCCGUACCACUUCAAGAAGCGGAGUUUCAGGGAUUGGUUCCAGUCAAAGGAAGGUUUUGUGAAAUUGUUACCCAAGUUCACAAAACGUGCACCAGCUCUCUUCCGAGGAAUUGAGAACUACAGAUUCUCAUUGGUGGAGAUGGAGCCAACAACUUUCUUUGUGCCUCACCAUUGGGAUGCUGAUUCCGUGGUUAUAGUUCUACAAGGUAAAGGAGUGAUCGAGUUUGUGACGGAUAAGACAAAGGAAGCGUUUCAUAUAAACAAAGGUGAUGUGGUGAGAGUCCCUUCCGGCGUCACCCACUUCCUCACCAACACUAACCAAACCGUUCCUCUCCGCCUCGCCAAGUUCAUAGUCCCCGUCAACAAUCCCGGCCAGUUUAAGGAUUACUUCCCUUCUCCAUCUCAAUUUCAGCAAUCCUACUUCAGUGGGUUAAGCAAAGAAGUCCUCUCUACCAGUUUCAACGUACCGGAAGAUUUGGUAGAGAGAUUGGUUAAGAGAUCAAAAGAAAUGGGUCAAGGGAUUAUUCGAAGAAUUUCGCCAGACCAAAUCAAGGAACUUGCAGAACACGCUACAUCUCCUUCAAACAAACACAAAGCUAAAAAAGAAAAGGACGACGACACAGACCUGAGGAAGAUGUGGACUCCUUUCAAUCUCUUUGCAAUAGAUCCAAUCUACUCCAACGACUUUGGUCAUUUCCACGAGGCACAUCCUAAGAGUUUUGAUCAACUCCAAGACCUUCACAUAGCCGCUGUUUGGGCUAGCAUGAGACAGGGAUCCUUGUUCCUUCCUCAUUUUAACUCUAAGACCACGUUUGUAACGUUUGUGGAGAAUGGUUGCGCCCGCUUCGAGAUGGCUACUCCUUAUAAAUCCCAAGAAGAGCAACAACAAUGGCCAGGACAAGGACAAGGACAAGAAGAAGAAGAUCUAAGUGAAGAUGUACACAAGGUUGUGUCACGAGUGUGUAAAGGUGAAGUCUUUAUCGUUCCGGCAGGUCAUCCAUUCACUAUACUCUCGCAAGAUCAAGACUUUGUCGCUGUAGGGUUUGGUAUUUAUGCGACCAACAACAAAAGAACGUUCCUUGCAGGGGAAGAGAAUAUGCUGAGCAACCUCAACCCCGCGGCGGCUAGGGUGACGUUUGGUGUUGGAAGUAAAUUGGCGGAGAAACUGUUCACAAGCCAAAACUAUUCCUACUUUGCGCCUACGAGCCGUAGCCAACAGAUUCCAGAGAAACACAAGCCAUCGUUUCAAUCAAUCUUAGACUUUGCCGGUUUUUGAAAAUGCUUUUUACAGUCCUAAGAAUGAAAGAGUUUAAUAAAUCUGUCUGAAGAUAUGCAAUAAAACAUGGUAACGCUCUGCAUGUAACUUCUCUGUACCGAGUUUCUUGAGUUGUAAAUUUUGUUGUGACAGAUUACCUCCUGUUUUAUAAAUAAUAAAACCAUCGGUUUAGC